AUGGCGGCCCAGGAUGCUGAAACUGCCACGAAUUUGGUACAGGAUUGUCUGGAGGCUGCCAGCAAGGGCAUACAGGACUUCACUGGAAAGAAAGACUACAAGUUUGGAGACAUCACGAAAGCUGCAAUGUCCAGAUUUGCAACCGGUCUGACAUCCAGUGUCAGCUCCUACACUGGCAAGGAGAACUACGAGUUUGGCGACAUCACAAAAGCUACGGUCUCAAAGUUCACCGGGAAAGAGGACUACCAAUUCGGAGACAUCACCAAAGCUGCUGCAGAUAGGAUGUCCGGUGCGGCAAGCUCGGCAGUCAAGCAGAUCACCGG